ACCCAUUUAUGGCCCGUGACACUGAUAAGGUUGUCUUUGUCCUGUAACAUACCUGGCACUCCUACUCCUACACCAGUUUUUUGCCUUAACUUGGUCAGCCAACCCCCAUUCCCAUUCUCUUUCAUCUCUUUGUCUCCUCAUUUUUUCUUUUUCUCUGUUCAAAACAUUCAUUUAUUCAUAAAUGCCUUUCAACCCUUUUUAAUUUGAUUAAUUUUUUAGAAAUUAAUUCACUUAAUUGGGUAAAUUAGUCUUCUUUUUCUUCUUGUUUUUUUUUUUUUAGGAAUUUAGAAUUAGUACAAUGUGGUUUUGUGUUUGAUCAGAUACCCAUUUUCAAAAUUACUCAAAUUUGAUUUUUGAAUUUGGGUUUAAAUUUAAAUCAAAGUGUUGUGAAAAGAUCUAGAGUUGGAAAUGAGUGCAUCUAGGUUUAUCAAAUGUGUAACAGUUGGUGAUGGUGCUGUGGGUAAAACUUGUAUGCUCAUUUCAUAUACCAGUAAUACUUUUCCUACGGAUUAUGUACCAACAGUUUUCGAUAACUUCAGUGCUAAUGUUGUGGUCGAUGGGAACACAGUCAACCUAGGGUUAUGGGACACUGCAGGUCAAGAAGACUAUAACAGAUUAAGACCUUUGAGUUAUCGCGGGGCAGAUGUGUUUAUUUUAGCGUUUUCAUUGAUUAGCAAGGCUAGUUACGAAAAUGUGGCCAAAAAGUGGAUUCCCGAGCUGAGGCACUAUGCACCUGGAGUUCCAAUUAUUCUCGUUGGAACGAAAUUAGAUCUUCGGGAUGACAAGCAGUAUUUCAUGGAUCGUCCUGGUGUGGUUCCUAUUUCAACUCAACAAGGAGAGGAGCUGAAGAGAGUCAUCGGCGCUCCUUACUACAUCGAGUGUAGUUCAAAAACUCAACAGAAUGUGAAGGCAGUUUUUGAUGCGGCAAUUAAGGUUGUGCUCCAGCCGCCAAAAACGAAGAAAAAGAAAAAGAAGGCAAAAGGAUGUUAUAUUUUGUGAAUAUGCUAUGGUCAUUAGAAGGAAAAUGACCUGCCAUUCUUGCCUAGUUUGUUGUGCUCUAUCCAAAUAGUUUUCAUUAUAGCAUGUGUUUUAAGGUUUUUGUGCUUUAGAUGAAACAUUUUAGUCCCUUGGUGUAUAGCCUUAACUGACACAAAUACUCUGCAAAGACUUCCAAGUAAUUUGUACUUCUGUCUGCUUUAUAAGAAAGUUAUUUUCCAUAA